ACCGCGAGGGGCGAACAGAGAGCACAACACAGCGAGCACAGCAGAGCGCCAGAGCGUGAGCACCCAGCAGCGCGGCGGUGCACCAGCAUGAGGGCCUCCCAGCCCACUGUGUCAGAGCUGAGCACCACCGAGGGGGCUGGAGCCCGAGCAUGGAAGGCUGCAGUGGGCGCUCGAGAGAGGGGCCCUUCCCUGGGCCAGCGACUGCCCUCCAUCGUGGUGGAGCCCAGCGAGGCAGGCACUGUGGAGAGUGGGGAGCUGCGCUGGCCUCCAGAGGGAUCCCAGAGGGGAGCCCCUCAGAGCCGGGCUGCUGCUGCUCCCUCCUCGAGUCUACCAGGAGCACCAGGGAAGGCUGCAGAUGGGGCUGGUGGUGAGGGUGUCAGCUCUGAGGGCCAGCCGUGCCUGCCCAGUGCUGGAGGAUAUGGUGGACCCCUGCUCUCUGGCUGCUGAGAGGCCCUAGGGGGGCUGGGCCUACUGGACACCACAGGCGGCAUGGGCUGCAGCACCCUGUCCCCCGGGGUCAGCCUAGGACCACCGUCUCUGCCCUUUCCUGCCCACACCUCAGUGUGGGUCACGCCCUCCGUGUUCUGUGGCUUGAAGCAGAAAUAAAGGCGCUUUCUGGUGGC